UUCGAGCUGCCUAGAGUUUUGACACGAACUGAAGAUCUAAGAAAAGGAGAAAAGUCAUUGUCAAUGAACAUGGCUUCUGGUAUUGCUGAGGGAACGUAUCUCAUAGAAAAUGUGGAAACACAGCGUUACUUGUUCCAAGACGGCCCUGAAAUAAAAGGAAACCGAGGAGACGAAGGCGGUUGGACUGAUGCGCCUAGUGUUGUGGGAGCUGAUGCCAAUUACUACAACCGAGCCUAUUGGAAGAUUAUUCCACAAGGUAACGACAAAUACUUCAUAGAGAAUGUCGAAACAAAGAGGUAUUUGUUUUCAACUGGUGAAAAAAUUGAAGGCGAUCGUGGAAGCGAAGGAGGCUGGACUAAUGCACCUAAAAUUGUGGGAGCGGAUGCCAAUUACUACAAUCGGGCCUACUGGAAAAUCAUCCCCCAAGGAGAUGACAAAUACUUCUUUGAAAACUUUGAGACGCUCAGAUACGUAUUUCAAGAUGGCCCCAAAAUAGAAGGAAACCGAGGGGAUGAAGGGGGAUGGACGUCUGCUCCCAAGACUCUGGGUUCUGAUGCCAAUUACUACAACCGCGCUUACUGGAAACUACUCAAGCAGUAGACUAACGAUAAAACCUGAAACUGUGACUUUUUUGUGCUUCUUUUCCCAGUAACAAGUAUUUCGAAAGUAGUUUUUAGUUUUAGUUUAAGCGGAGUGGUCUUUGAGCAGCGCUGGACAUAUGAAGCUGGGCACGGAGGUUGACAGCGGAGAGAACACUAGUGGCCACGCCAAUCAAAAGGCACCAUUUUUUAAUCAAAAGCUCUUAUGAGCUAUUUCAGGGUUUAUCUUAAUGAAUCAAUAAAGAGGUGAGAGCUUAAAGGGCAUGUAAACCCAAAAAUACAUGUUUUACUUAUACUAUGUAAAAAGUGGUGUGGAAAACGAAUUUGAAAUUAGUUUUGUCCAAUUCGACUUAUUUUAGGAGAAAAUCGGCAUUUUCAACUGAAAUUCCAUUUCCGGUAAAAACAAUAGCGAGAAGUCGUGACGUAAGCGGUGGAACCAAAAUAUUGCGCAACACAUAUUCCCCAGUAUAACUGGUGUGGGAGUUCGUGUAAGUAGCGGUAGUUCGGAAGAUGUUUUUUAAGAAGAUAGCGACUCGAAUGCCUUAAGCUUAGUACAUGACAGCGCUGGAGAUAAUCCAGAAUCUUCAGGAGAGUCUGGGCCACGUCCUUAACAAUAUGAGCCGCGUAGGGUUCACCGAAGCGAUCCGCACGAAGACAGUACAGAACAUGUAGACAGCGAUGCGACCGUCUCGGAAACUCAGACUGGAAAUUUCGCUAAAUUGCCUACAGAUAGCUUGUUCGUUGGUGUUGGGGAUAUCUCGGCAAACACUUUAGGGUCGCUGUGCUAUCUUGUGCGGUAAACAAUAUCCUUCAUCUCAGAAGCAUUUCCAUCGAUAAACAAGUUGUAUCAUGUACAUUUCCUUGUGUGGCCUUCAUAAUUAUCCAACCCUGUUUGUGUUUGCUUCGAUUUGAAAUAUUGAAAAGAUAGUUUUGCAAGCUGAAAUCAGGAUAUUUUAAGUUGUACUCAAAAUGAUGAAUAUUGUCCUACUGACCUUUGAAUGUAUUUUCACUGCUGUGAAAACCGUGACACAAAUUCUUCUGCUGUUUCUCUGCAGGGUUUCUCAAAGGAAGCACCAAGCGGGGCUGGCUUGGAUUUUCUUAUAGAACAUAAGGGUUGAUUAUGGGAUCCUGUAUAGAAUUCUUUGUAUCGAACCGACAAAAUUCCAGAUCACGUUAUUACACACUGGUAUCAACGAAUUCUCUUUCUUUGAUACGUGUUUCGAAUUCAGGCAAAGGUUCAGACAUGUCAGUGUCUUUUACGGGCUCAGCGCUGGCUCCCAAACAACUGGCUUCCCCAUAAUAUUUCAUUAGAUGAGAAAAAAGAUGUUUUUAGAGAACCAAUAAAGCUAUUGUUGUUUAAUUAACGAAACGUUUUCAUGUAAAUCGAUUUUGUACUUUCUCUGUUGACCUCUAACUUUUGAAGAGCUCAACUUCUUUCUCAGUUCGGUCGGCCACUUCCGAAUCCUCGUCGUCUGCCGACUGUAUGGGUCGUUUUUAUACUUCCGAAUAAUUUGCUUCUGG